GGCAGGCGACGGGGCAAGCAAAACUCGUCAAACCCCUGCCGCAACCGCAACAAAGCCGCCGCCCGCCGCGCUCCUGCUCCCGCCGUUCCCGCCGCGAUGAGGAGGCGCCCGGAGCCUCGUCUCGUCCGGUACCUCGCCACCGCCUCCGCCUCGCCCGCCGCCCCCGCCCCGCCCCCGCUCCAGGCCUCGAAGCCGCCCCGCCCCGCCGCGCCGUUCCUCGCCGUGCUCCUGCGCCGGGGCCGCGCGGCCGCCGCGGCGAUCCUCAACCGCCGCCUCCGCGCGGCGCCCGCCCCGGAGGCCCACGCCCUGCUCUCCGCGCUCCCGUCCGUCCGCGACGCCGUCUCCUACAACACCGUCCUCGCCGCGCUCUGCCGCCGCGGGGGCGACCUCCCCGCUGCGCUCUCCCUCCUCCGCGACAUGUCACGGGAGCCCCACCCGGGCGCCCGCCCCACCGCCGUCUCCUACACCACGGUCAUGCGCGGGCUCUGCGCGGCGCGCCGCGCGGACGAGGCCGUCGGCUUGCUCCGGACCAUGCAGGACCGCGGCGUCCGCCCCGACGUCGUCACGUACGGCACGCUCAUCCAGGGGCUGUGCGACGCCGCGGAGGUCGACGGGGCCGUGGAGCUGCUGAAUGAGAUGUGCGGCAGUGGUAUUGAGCCGAACGUGGUUUUGUACAGCUGCUUGCUGCGGGGAUACUGCAAGUCCGGCCGGUGGCAGGACGUAGGCAAGGUGUUCGAAGAAAUGUCCUGGCGGGGAAUUCAGCCGGAUGUGAUCAUGUUCACUGGUUUAAUCGACAGCCUGUGUAAAGAGGGGAAGACAGGAAAGGCCGAAAUGGUGAAGGACAUGAUGGUGGAACGAGGGUUGGAGCCAAAUGCAGUGACAUACAACGUGCUGAUCAAUUCCCUGUGCAAGGAAGGAUCGGUGAGGGAGGCGAUGACUCUAAAGAAGGAGAUGGUAGAGAAGGGGGUGGCACCGGAUGUUGUGACAUACAACACCCUGAUUGCAGGUCUUUCUGGCGUGCUCGAGAUGGAUGAGGCUAUGGGGUUGCUUGAUGAGAUGAUCCAAGGAGAUAUUGUGCUUGAGCCUGAUGUGUUCACGUACAACUCGGUUAUACAUGGACUGUGUAAGAUCGGUCGUAUGUUCCAAGCAGUCAAAGUUCGUGAGAUGAUGGCUGAGAGGGGGUGUAUGUGUGACUUGGUGACCUACAAUUGUCUGAUUGGUGGAUUCCUUAGGGUUCACAAGGUUAAGAUGGCUAUGAAGCUAAUGAAUGAGCUGACUAGUUCUGGAUUGAAUCCUGAUUCAUUCACCUAUAGCAUUCUGAUAAAUGGCUUCAGCAAGAUGUGGGAAGUUGACCGUGCGGAAAAGUUCUUGUGUACAAUGAGAGAACAUGGCUUAGAGCCUGAGCUAGCUCACUAUAUUCCUUUGCUUGCAGCUAUGUGUCAACAGGGAAUGAUGGAGCGGGCUACAAUUUUGUUCAAUGAAAUGGAUAAGAACUGCAGGCUUGAUGUUGUCGCAUAUAGCACUAUGAUCCAUGGUGCUUGCAAAUCAGGGGAUAAGAAAAUGGUUGAACAAUUGAUUAAAGAUAUGCUUGGUGAGGGUCUGACUCCUGAUGCCGUCACAUAUUCUAUUAUAAUCAACAUGUUUGCAAAACUUAGUGACCUAGAAGCAGCCGAGAAGGUUCUUAAACAGAUGACUGCAAGUGGCUUUGUACCUGACGUUGCUGUUUUUGAUUCAGUGAUCAAAGGUUACAGCGCUGAAGGCCAGAUAAACAAGGUUCUGGAAUUGAUUAGUGAAAUGAGAGCCAAGAAUGUAGCUCUUGAUUCUAAAAUCAUAUCUACUAUUGUCGCUUCUCUGACAAACGAACACAAAAAGAAGCUACUGGAGGUGCUACCCGAUUUCUCGAAAGAACUGUUGCAAGGCAACACCGCCCCAGGAGUUCAUGAACUCACUAUGUAAAUGGUGCCCUGCACUUUGAACCUGGUGUCAUUGGAUGAGCCCUAAUCCAUGUUGUGGGUAGAUAGUCUGCAUAUUUGAACCUUGUGUCACUGGAUGAACCCCAAUCCAUGUUCUUGUAGGCAGAUAGCCUGCGUAUGUGAAGGCUAAUGUAUGUGCGCCUAUGUUUGAGAUGCCAUUCAGUUCACUUUACAUGAUUUAUCUGUGUGAAGUUGAGGUAGCAAUGACCCUAUAUUUGUGGUUAAUGGUA